AUGGCAGUGUCGAACACCGUCAGGCGAGCAGCCCUCAUCGCAGCAGUGCUCAUUACACUAUUCCUCCUGCUCCGGCCUUCCUCCCCGUCUUCGCAAGAGCCUCCUUCGGCGAAAUCGGUGUCGGAACAGACAGGACUACCAUCGAGACCGUAUCCUCCUCCGAGAUCCCCGGUCAAGCCUCAACGCGAUCAGAAAGCAGUGCAAGACGUUACCGGCUGGCCGUUACGGGAAAGAUUACGAUACCAUUUUCCAUAUGACAUUGAGGCCAAGUUUCCUGCCUUUAUAUGGCAGACGUGGAAGAGAGGGCCGGGUUCGGGCAACUUUGAAGAAAGACUGCGACCGUUCGAGGCAUCAUGGUCCGCGUUACACCCCGGGUUUGUGCACGAAGUCAUUACCGACGACGCUGCAGUACACCUCAUCAGGUAUCUAUACGCAUCGGUGCCGGAGGUGGUGCAGGCAUACGAAGCCAUGCCUCUCCCGGUCCUCAAAGCCGACUUUUUCCGAUAUCUGAUUCUACUCGCUCGCGGAGGUAUCUACAGUGACAUUGACACGCAAGCUCUGAGAUCGGCGCCAGACUGGCUGCCGCAGAGCCUCGACAAGUCUACCGUAGGCCUGGUGAUUGGCAUUGAGGCUGACCCGGACAGAGAGGAUUGGGCAAAAUGGUAUGCUCGGCGGAUACAAUUCUGUCAAUGGACAAUCCAGUCAAAGCCCGGCCAUCCUGUUCUCAGAGACAUCGUGGCCACAAUCACGGAGGACACGCUGAAGAUGAAAAAGGCUGGCAAACUGCCCAAGGGCAAAGAGCCGGCCAAGAGCAUUAUGGAAUACACGGGUCCCGGCGUGUGGACGGAUGCCAUCUUCUCUUACUUCAAUAACAAAGAGUACUUCGAUUUCAGCUCGCGCACCACCAACGUCACUUACUCCGACUUUUUUGGCAUCCGAGAGCACAAAAAGAUUGGUGAUGUCGUUGUGUUGCCCAUCACCAGUUUCAGUCCAGGGGUCGGGCAAAUGGGCGCCGAAGGGCCAGAGGAUCCCAUGGCCUUUGUGAAACAUGAGUUUGAUGGGUCCUGGAAGCCCGAAAAUGAGCGCAUGAAAGGGGACUGA